ACCCACUAGUCAUAAAUAUCUCGAUCAAACAGACAAGCACUGAACGAUCAUUCUUUUAUAACUUUUGAAUUUCUAAUUUGGAAAAGUCACUAUGUACGCUCCCGGUUACACAACCGGUUACACAGCGUAAAAAGCCCCACCCCCGCUUUGGGACAGUCCGGCGGCGAGGAGAAGCACUGAUCGAGAUUCUGAGGCGGAGAUGGAACCGAGUAAGACGUAUGGCGGUGACGAGGCGGAGAUGGAACCGAGUAAGACGUAUGGCGGCGACGAGGCGGAGAUCGAACCGAGUAAGCCGUAUGGCGGAGACGAGGCGGAGAUGGAACCGAGUAAGACGUAUGGCGGCGACGACGAACUUGGCCUGGGCUGGAGAUGGGAGGAUAUAUUCGGUCCAAGUCCCGGCAACACGCCAACGGCCAUGGAAGGCUUUGAAAAUGCGACGGAACCCAUCAUGAAAGGCCAUGAAGACAUGACGGCGGGUGCAACGGAAGGAGUUCAACACACUCCGGUAGGCGAUGAAGGGACGGCGGAUGUGAAAGCUCAUCAAGAUGAAGAAGGCCAUAAUAACGAGGAAGAAGAUGCUAAUGAGGUUGUUCCGGAAGUGGGCAUGAAGUUUGAAAGCACUGAGGCGGUUUAUGAGUUUUAGAAAACAUAUGGUAGAAGGAUAGGAUUUCCAGUUAGAAAAAGAACAUCAACGAAGGAUAGAACCAAAAGCGACAUAGUGUCGAUACAAUUAGAGUGUUCACGUGCGGGUAGUAGACCUAGCAAGGCACUAAACUGUUUGAAGCCUCAAUCUUCAAUGCAAACAUCUUGUAAGGCAAGAAUGAGAGCACACACUACUUAUGAUGGUUCAUGGGAAAUUUCAAAAGUGUUUUUAGAACAUAAUCAUCCCAUGAGUCCCACAAAAUCUAGACUAUUUCGUUGCUAUAGGAAAUUGACAUCAAAUGCGACGAGACAACUUGCUAUUAAUGAUGUUGCGGGAAUUCCACUAAACAAGAGCUUUAACUCCGUUGUUGUUGAAGCGGGGGGGUACGAUGGCCUACCUUUUAUUGAAAAGGAUUGUAGGGACUACAUAGAAAAAAUUAGGGAACUUAGGCUAGGAACUGGUGAUGCCAUGGCCAUACAAGGUUUUUUUUCAAAAAUGCAAGCACAAUGUCCCGGUUUCUUCAAAAAAUUAGGGAACGGAG